UCAAGAUUUUGAUUCGCCUGCGGUGCAGCUCGUCGGGCACUUCGUGUGGCUGCUCACGUUUCAUGAGUAUCAUCGGAGGCGGGGGUGUCGGAAGCGCCAUGUCGUCCCGCGGUGGUGGACGGGGGAAGGGUGCCGCCAACCAGGGGAUGGAGGUCGCCGCUCCCGCGAAAACGGGCCGCCAUCAAGUGAACAAGAAGAGGAAGGUCGUUGAAGGCGUCUCCGUUGGUGAUGGGCGAUACAUAGAAGACGAGUGGGUGAGGGAGGAGUUGAAGAACGAUGAGGACAACGACUUCGAAGAACAGGAGGAAGAACCGUUGAAGAGGAAGCUGAGGGGGAAGACCGCGUGGGUGGUCCAAAUCAACGACGGGGGGAAGGAGACACCUGGUCAAUGGCGUGGCGGUGGAGGCGGCGCGGGUGCAGAGGCUGGCAUCAUCUUACGCCCGCAGACGCUAGUGAACCGCCGCAACCCCCCGCCUGCGGACGUUGCCGGGAGUUCGCAAGUGCCAGUCCAAGGGAACGCGGUGCGAUCUUCUGCACACGAGGCGCGCGGCGGCGGUGUCGAGGUGACGCCAGACGCAGGGGAAGGUGCGAGGGCAGGGGAUGGCGGUCCCGUUGGGGAAGACGAUGAGGCGCUGGUGCACAGGCUGCGCACGCCACGUGAGUCGUCACAUGGAAUGCAGGGAGCCGCAAAACUUUGGAAGGAUGACAUGCGUUUCUGGAACGAGAUACAAGGGAACGCCAUCGUGAAGAUCAUUCAGGUGGCGCGCGCGCAUCUCGUGGCAGUGGUACGGGGAGUGCAGCCUCCGACUGUGCAGAGGAGCAUCACCUUUCCGCACAACACCAUCCCGCAACACAAAAUAGAAGACGAAUCAGAGUUGAAUGCGGUGAAGGAGAGGGCGGUGAAGGUGCAGACCAUCGCGUUGAGGGCUAUCCACAGAUGGGUCUUCAAGUCAGAGAGUAGACAGAGGGGGUACCACUUAGCGUACCAGUACGCCUUGAGUCACGCCGCCACUGACAUCGCAAGAGCGAUGUGGGCAGGAGAGGACUGGCGCAGUUUGGUGAGCCCAAUGGUUUUCCACACAACUCUCGACAUGGACAUGAAUUUGCCUUUGUGGUUCGUCGGCACGGACAUUGUAGACAAGCACGAGGAAGAUGAGUAUGCGGCCUACCAAGAGCCGAGUGUGCAGUGACUCAUAAGGCAUUUCACGAUG